UUCCGUAAGGUAUCUGAUCAGGCACCAGUAAAUGGCAGUGCCUGAGGAUCCCCAGGCGGAGAAAGCAAAGCACGGAUCACCCGACCUGCCGCUUUACUGCUUCGGGAGAUCGCGACUUUUCUGAAGAUCGGCGCGCACUCCAUUGUUCGCGUUACUGGACUUUAUCUCCUGAACCGGAGAGACAAUCUUUUAUACCAAAUUUAUCGGAUCCCGCCCUUCUCGCUCAGCAAGGACACCUCGGGUCCGAUGAUUGUGGACGCGGUUGCUUUGCGAUGCCCCAAAUAAGCUAUCCUUCAUCCACGUCAACUUUCCUAUGAUCCUGCGCACAAGGGAUUCGUACUGGAUAAAAAGAAAGCAACACAGCUGCUGCGAUGCAUAUCAUAAAACCGGUCUGGCUGACGCACGGAGGUGAGAGGAAGGAUUUCGAGGUUUACAGUUGCGAUGUGUCCCCCGAUGGAAGUCGUUUAGUUACAGCUGCUGGAGGUUGGUUCUCCGUGCCCGACGAUACACCCCCCCCGCCGCAAACCGAUGGAUUGGACUGGUAUUGACUUCAUUUCGAAUCAAAUAGAUGGAUACGUUCGGAUAUGGUCGACGGAAGCUAUCUGCAAUACCGAUGACCCUGCGGUUGCUAGCAAGCCAAAGCAGCUGGCGUCGAUGAGCAACCACUCCGGCACGAUUCAUACGGUUCGGUUUUCGCCAAACGGGAAGUACCUCGCAUCAGGGGCAGAUGAUAAGAUUGUUUGCAUUUACACGCUGGAUGCGAAUCCGCCGUCGCAUGCUACAACAUUUGGGUCGAACGAGGCACCUCCUGUGGAAAACUGGCGCACGGUCCGGAGACUGAUAGGCCACGACAAUGACGUUCAAGACUUGGGCUGGUCCUACGACUCUUCUAUCCUGGUGUCCGUCGGCUUGGAUUCUAAAAUAGUAGUGUGGUCAGGGCAUACGUUCGAGAAGCUGAAGACGAUUUCUAUACACCAGAGUCAUGUCAAAGGGAUAACUUUCGACCCAGCUAAUAAAUACUUUGCCACGGCAAGCGAUGAUCGCACCGUCCGAAUCUUCCGUUUUACCUCUCCUGCUCCAAACUCGACCGCUCAUGACCAGAUGAACAAUUUCGUCCUUGAACAGACCAUCUCUGCGCCUUUUGCCAACUCCCCGCUAACUGCCUAUUUCCGUCGAUGUUCAUGGUCGCCGGAUGGGAUGCACAUCGCCGCGGCAAACGCUGUCAAUGGACCGGUCAGUUCCGUCGCGAUAAUCAACCGUGGGUCCUGGGAUGGGGACAUAAACCUGAUCGGACACGAAGCUCCUGUGGAAGUAUGUGCCUUCUCCCCGCGACUGUACGCCAGUCAGCCGGUCGACAAACAAGCGAUGGAUAGCCAGCAGGGUGCGCAAAACCUAGUGACGGUCAUUGCUUGUGCCGGAGGAGAUAAAUCCCUAAGCAUCUGGAUCACCAGUAACCCCAGGCCGAUAGUGGUUGCUCAGGAGCUUGCCGCCAAAUCUUUAUCUGAUCUGGCUUGGAGCCCCGACGGAAAAUGUCUUUACGCAACGGCAUUGGAUGGCACGAUACUUGCAGUCCGGUUUGAGGACGGGGAUCUGGGAUACGCAACGGCUAUGGAAGAGAACGAAAAGUCGCUCACCAAAUUCGGCACCAACAGAAGGGGCGCCGGUAUCACAGAGACUCCGGAUGGACUGCUACUCGAGGAGAAGAGCAAGGCUGGCGAGAUCAAGGGUGUUGAAGGGCGAAUGGGUGCCCUGAUGGGCGAUGACCAGGCCGAUAAUAUAACCAACGGAAAGCCCGCACCUCUACCUUCUAAUGCUCCAACCCCUGCACGGCCAUCGUCUCCGACCCCAGAUACACAGAAGAACCAGCCCAAUGGGACCGCAACGCCAUCGGCCCCAGAGCCGGAGAAGCCGGAUCCCUAUCAAGCAAAGCUUGAAAGACUGAAGCAACGCCCUACAUACACUAAGGACGGCAAGAAGCGUAUUGCCCCUCUUUUGGUGUCCGGUGCAGGUGCAGCUGAGUCCUCCCUGCCUCAAGCCCGUUUGAUGGCGUCGGUUAGCAGCCAAGUGAAGGCCGAUACACCUCAGUCUAUUGUCGACCUCUCCAAGCCCUUCGACGGUUUACCCAAGGGGGGGCUUGCCACCCUGCUCUUUGGGAAUAAGCGCAAGCUCGCGCAGCUGGAGGAAGACGAUGAUGGACAUGUAGAAAAGCGCGUCGCGUUGGCAAGUCAGAAUGGUGCUACCCCUCUUCUUACGAACACCCCCGAUGGCCUUCUCCCUGCACGACCGCAGCCCGCUGUCGCCGGCCAACAACCGACACCAGAGUUUAUUCGACCUGCGGUGACGAACCCCUGUAUGGCCAUGAGCCAGGUCCGACUGGCCGUACCGAAAAUCCGAAACCAGAUACUUCGAGCCAUUGAUCCCAAUGGGAAGCCGACUGAACCACCCAGUGCGUCGGGAGAGUCCAACAAAUCCCGCGUUGACGUUGUCUUUGAAGUUCGCAAUCCGUCACCUGCUAGCCUGACCGGCCGCGCAGCAGAUCGGGAGCCGGUGCGGCUCACACUCUUCCGAGGUGAACAGCCCCUGUGGCAGGAUUACCUUCCACGGACAGUCCUCCUCGUGACCGGCAACCAGAGCAUGUGGGCUGCGGCCUGCGAAGACGGAUCCGUCUACAUCUGGACCCCAGCCGGUCGUCGUCUUGUCAGUGCGCUCGUGCUUGAAGCACAGCCGGUAAUCUUGGAAUGCAAUGGGCCGUGGAUCCUCUGCAUAUCAGCCGUUGGGAUGUGCUAUGUUUGGAAUGUCAAACACCUCUCCUCGCCUCAUCCACCUAUUUCCCUCCAGCCGGCACUGGAUGCAGCGAUCCACACACUGGGCGCACAUCCCUCAGCCGCGCCGGCAAUCACGAAUGCACGGAUCAAUUCUGAAGGCCGAAUCGUGGUCGCGAUGUCGAAUGGAGAAGGCUACUCUUAUUCGCCUUCCAUGUUCACAUGGCAGCGGAUUUCCGAGCCCUGGUGGGCUGUCGGCAGUCAGUACUGGAACACCACCGAAGCGCCGGUGGGCAACCUGCAGACCGCAGAUGCGCAAAAAGACAAGGACGCAAAGGCUGCUGUGUCCGCGGGAAUUAUCCCAUUCUUGGAACGCAACACAACCAGCGAGACGCUGCUCCGCGGACGGGCAUACUUCCUGCAACGGUUGAUCAAGGUUCUCCUCUCCCGUGAAGGUUACGAGAGUUUCGAAUCGAGCGUCUCUAUUGCGCACCUGGAAAACCGACUUGCGGCAGCAUUGUCCCUCGGAGCCAAGGAGGAGUUCCGGCUGUACCUCUCGAUGUACGCCAAACGGCUUGGAGCAGAGGGUCUCAAGAUGAAGGUCGAGGAAUUGCUGAAGGGCUUAAUUGGCGGGUUGUUUGAAGAAGACGAGACCGGCCCUGCCCAGCGCCUGCAGGAAAACGAACAAGAAGACCGAAACUGGCGAGAAAGUUCAGAGACCCUCUGUGGCUGGCCGCGAGAGGUGUUAUUGAAGGAGGUCAUUCUGGCACUGGGUAAGCUUCUAGUCUCUGAGAUGUAUUGAUGGACUCCUACUGACACGAACAUUGACUAGGCAAACACCGGGAUCUCCAGCGGGUAACGGUACCAUAUGCCAAGCUACUGGGAGUUGUCGAUGACGAGUCGGACACGGGCGAUGCCAUGGAAACAUGAGCCUACAGAUAUGAGGACUUGUCUGGUGUUUUUGGCGUUUCUUCAUGAGGGUUACUACGGGACUGGGCGGUUUACUUCUCCGUGGAGAAGCUUGACUUUCGAUUUGUCUAAUAAAAUGGAAUAACGAUUCCUGCGUUUUUCAUGUGCUAUAGUAUAUCAUUCAUAUUAGGGCCGACAAUUUCUAUCAUGCUUCACAUUCUUGGAAUAUGGAUCGCGAAUCUUGAAC